AUGUUUAAUCUCCUGCAAGCACAAUUGCCUUCAAUCUUCCCACCAUUUCCUAUUAUGAUGCAACAAGGAGAAAUUGGUACAAUGAGUCUACAGCAACAACAACAACAGAUGUAUCAUUAUGGCCAAUUCCUCCACCAAUGCAUGAUUCAAACUCACGCGCAACAAAUGGCUGCAUUUUACCAGAAAAUGUCGGAAACAUUGGCAUCAAAUGAGUCAUUGCCUUCGUCAAGAAGAACCACCACUGACAAUAGUCUUCAUAACUCUACGGCAGGGACACCUAAACUGGAGAAAGACAAAGAUUCUGAUGAAUUUCUAAAGUUCAAUCCAGACUUGUUCAACUCCCUGUUCAAUUAUAAGAUAGACACUGAUGAUUGUUAA